CUUUUCAACAAACUGAUUGGAAAUGCUCAGUUUCCCAAACUCAACCACCUUCAUAAGCACAGUUGGAGUUACUGAGAAGAGAUACCAUGAUUUUCACUGCCAUAGCCAUGCUCUGUCUGGGACUGACUCUGGGAUUCAGGUCUCCAGUGUUGGCAGGAGAUCCCUACAGCAAACCCAGAUUGUCAGCCCUUGACAGCCACGUUGUGAAUGCAGGAGGGAAUGUGACCCUUCAAUGUAUCUCAUGGCAGAAAUACGAUGGGUUUAUUUUGAUCAAGGAAGGAGAACCCAAGUUCUCCAGAACCCUGGACUCACACUAUAUUUUCACUGGGCAUUUACAAGCUAUGUUUUCUUUGGGUCCUAUGACCUCCAGGAAUAUGGGGACAUUCAGAUGUUAUGGCUUCUACAAAAGAGAUCCACAAAAGUUGUCUAUGCCUAGUGACCCCCUGGAAGUACACAUAUCAGGCAGCGAGGGGGGCACAUCUGCCCCUUUCCCACACCACCACAUGGCAGAUGAGCGGUGGGGCUACAUCUUCCACAUUCACAUUCUGUCAGUUCUACCGCCAUCUCCUCUGGCCAGCUCUACUGUGCUGCCAGGUGUGGUGUAG